AUGGCUCAGCGAGUCAUGGUAGCUGUACCUCCCCCAACAUUUCCUCCGAACGGAAGCUACCAUAAUGAGCACCCGCUUCCGCCUGUGCCACCUCCUCCGGCAGCCCCUGCACAUCCGGCCAUGGUUCCCAUAGUCCAACUACCCGUAGUAAUGCCCUCUCCAACUCAUCACCCAAUGUCAUCUGCUCCUCCAACUGCUGGGAAUCCUCAAAUGGUCAUGCUCCCACCGGGAAUGCCUCCAAGAGGCAUGGUCAUGAACAACCAUCCCCGCCCUCCUCAACCCACAACCGGGUUACACCCAGCAGCACCACCGCCGCCGCCUUCUCUUUGGAGCACUCAUCCUCCUCCACCACGAGGUGCUGUUCUCAUGCCUCCUCUAAAUUCACCCCCAAGUCAUCCACAGCCGCAGUUUUGGGUGCAUCCACCACCAGCAUUGUAUGCGUUCGAUCCAUCAUCCGAUAAUGGUUAUGUCUGGUCCAGUACACAGAGACCUGAUCUGGGGUUGCCUCCUCCACCUUUACCGUCUACUCGUGCAAAUGAUCAAAUGCUAGACACGGAACAGUUGAUGAUGAAGAGAAACGAAAUCAUAAAGUCAGUUUUAGUUAUUUUAUGCUAUUGGGAAGAAGUGCUACUUUUUAUUAAGUUUUAGUU